UAUAGAGAGUACGUGUGUUGUUUCAGCUGCAAAAACAAAACUACGCAGCAGCGAGCCAAAUGCUUUAUAGCCGGUUUUAGUUUACAUUUCUUUUUGACCACGAAGCUACAGAAGAGAGAGAGAGAGCGAACAACUGAGCAGAGCGCACGCUGACGUGGUCGUUCAACUCGAUCAAGAACUUACACGCGCUCCAAACCAACAGCGUGAGAGUGAGAGCAAACUUAAGAGAGAGCGCGAGAGAGAGCGAGAGGCAGUGUGAGUGCAGCCAGUUUAAGCCGCGUGGCCAUAGCAACCACAACAAAAUUCAGUUGAGCUCUGCGAAAAGAACCAAAAUAGAAAACUUUGCCAGUUUCUGACGCUCCACAGCUCCAGCCGCAGUCGUUAGUUAGCGCCAAGCGAGCCAAGCUGUUGUCAUUUGUUGUUUUUGUGCAAAUAAUUUAAAUAUUUAAACAUUAUGUGGAAGCUGCUGCUUUGCCUCUGGCUGGCUUUUGUGCUGGCGCGUCGCGCUCGCUGCAUUUCCUGCGCCGGCUGCGUGGAUCUGGACGAGCUGAACUUUGACAAGACUGUGGCGCGCUUUCCCUACGCCUUAGUUAAGUUCGACAUUGCGUUUCCCUAUGGCGAAAAGCAUGAGGCGUUUGCUGCCUUCAGCAAGGCUGCGCAUAAGGUCACGGGCGAGCUGCUGGUGGCCACUGUUGGCAUCAAGGACUACGGCGAGCUGGAGAACAAAGCGCUGGGCGAGCGCUACAAGGUGGAUGAGAAAAACUUUCCAGGCAUUUAUCUCUUCAGGGGCAACGUCGCGGACUACACAGUCUAUCCCGCUCAUCUGGACGUUACGCUGGACAAUCUGAAGAGCUUUGUCAGCAGCAAUACGCAGCUUUAUAUUGGACGCGAUGGCUGCCUCAAGCAGUUCAAUGAUGCGCUGCUCAAUUUUGCCAACAAGCCGGACAGCGAGCAGUUGAAGCUGCUGCAGCAGCUGGCGACGCUGCAGUCGACGCUUACGCUGCCCGAGGAGCAGCAGAGCGGCAAAGUCUAUUUGCUGUUUAUGCGAAAAAUCAAUCAGUUGGGCUACGACUUUGUCGAGGAGGAGACCAAGCGCCUGCUGCGCCUCAAGGCCGGCAAGGUGACGGCCGAAAAGAAGUUGGAGCUGGCGCACAAGCUCAACAUACUGGAGACCUUCCGUGUCUCGAAGCUAACCAAGCUGUCCAAGGCGCCCGAGGAGCUUUAAAAUCACAUUAAUAUUCCAUUACUUUAAACUAGGCACCCCAAAUUGUACAUUAAACAAAGCAUAACUGUUA